CAGCUCGCUUCACAUCGUUUUUAGCGGCGGCACGGAAAGACAGAAAGUGCUUCCUGAAAGUCCAAACAAAACAUGCGUUAUUGCUUUAUUUCUUAAGUUUUAAGCAAACAAAGUGUUUGAAAUUAAUCGGAAAUUACCUGUUCAUUAGAAUAACAAGAAUGGAGCAUUCGGUGCCCAAAAAUAAACUGAAGAAACUCAGUGAAGACAGUCUUACCAAGCAGCCAGAGGAAGUGUUUGAUGUCCUUGAAAAGCUUGGAGAAGGAUCAUAUGGCAGUGUUUUUAAAGCCAUUCACAAGGAAUCAGGCCAGGUUGUGGCCAUUAAACAGGUUCCUGUCGAAUCAGACCUCCAGGAGAUCAUCAAAGAGAUCUCCAUAAUGCAGCAAUGUGACAGUCCUUAUGUGGUGAAGUACUAUGGCAGCUAUUUCAAGAACACAGAUCUGUGGAUUGUGAUGGAGUACUGUGGCGCUGGAUCGGUGUCUGAUAUCAUCAGACUGCGCAACAAAACGCUCACCGAAGAUGAGAUCGCCACAGUCCUCAAAUCCACCUUGAAAGGUCUGGAGUAUCUCCAUUUCAUGAGGAAAAUCCACAGAGACAUCAAAGCAGGGAAUAUUCUCCUCAACACAGAGGGCCAUGCUAAACUAGCUGAUUUCGGAGUGGCUGGACAACUUACCGACACAAUGGCGAAGAGGAACACGGUUAUAGGAACACCCUUCUGGAUGGCCCCUGAAGUAAUCCAGGAGAUCGGCUACAACUGCGUGGCAGAUAUCUGGUCUCUCGGCAUCACAUCCAUAGAAAUGGCCGAAGGAAAGCCUCCUUAUGCAGACAUUCAUCCAAUGAGAGCUAUUUUUAUGAUCCCCACAAACCCUCCACCCACUUUCCGCAAGCCAGAGCUGUGGAGUGAUGAAUUCACAGAUUUUGUGAAGAAAUGUCUGGUGAAGAACCCAGAGCAGAGAGCAACGGCCACUCAACUGCUCCAGCAUCCAUUUAUAACCAAUGCUAAGCCGGUGACCAUCCUGCGGGACCUGAUCACAGAGGCCAUGGAGAUGAAGGCCAAGAGACAACAGGAGCAGCAGAGAGAGCUGGAGGAGGAUGACGAGAACUCGGAUGAGGAAGUGGAAGUGGAUUCCCACACCAUGGUGAAGUCUGGUUCAGAGAGCGCUGGAACCAUGCGAGCCACAGGCACCAUGAGCGACGGUGCUCAGACCAUGAUCGAGCACGGCAGCACCAUGCUGGAGUCUGACCUGGGCACCAUGGUCAUUAACAGCGAUGAUGAUGAUGAGGAGGAGGAGGUAGAUCUCGGCUCGAUGAGGAGAAAUCCUACAUCUCAGCAAAUUCAACGUCCAUCCUUCAUGGACUACUUCGACAAACAAGACUCAAAUAAAGCACAAGAGGGUUACAAUCACAACCAGCAGGACCCGUGUUUAAUUUCCAAGACCGCUUUCCCUGAUAAUUGGAAAGUGCCACAAGAUGGAGAUUUCGAUUUUCUGAAAAACCUCGAUUUUGAGGAGCUCCAGAUGCGCCUUUCUGCUCUGGACCCCAUGAUGGAGCGAGAGAUUGAAGAUCUGCGGCAGCGCUACACAGCCAAGAGGCAACCCAUCCUUGACGCCAUGGAUGCGAAGAAACGCCGGCAGCAGAACUUCUAACCGACUUCACAGAUGCUGAAGCUUCAAAGCUGGCUGGCCAGAUCUUAUGUCCCCUUCUGUGUUCAGUCUUUGUACUGAUGCAUCUUAUUCUAGACUCCUGCUGUUUGUACAUUCGAAGAAGGUCCCAGUGGAUGUAUAAAACCUAAAAUCACGAUUUGUUAGUUUGUUCUUUAGAAUUCAAAGGGCACAAUAUUAGGAGUUCACUUUAAACAGAACAAAUUAUUCACAAUCUUAAUCAGUCUCACUCUCUAUUGUUAUGAAGUUUAGG